AUGGUAGCGUGGGCACGGAAACAUCCUCGCGGAAUUCAGAGGUCAUACAUGCGGGCUUAUACUAUGGUCCCAAUUCCCAAAAAACAUGGCUCUGCAUCAAGGGAAAAUCAAUGCUGUACGAGCUCUGCAAAAAAACACUCGGUCCCGCACAGGAAUACAGGGAAAUGGAUCGUCGCGCAGGAUGAUACGCAGCUUAAAGCGCUCGAGGGUAUUCAUGACUUUGCGAAGCAAAUUGGUGUGCCAACGCGGUUCCUGAGCAAAGAGGAGGCGACGCGGCGGGAGCCCGACGUGCGCGCCGAAGCAGGCGUCCUCGAGAGCUCCAGCACAGGCAUAAUAGACAGCCACUCCCUCAUGCAAUUCCUCGAAGGCGACUUCGAAGACCGCGGCGGCAUCUGCGCCUUCAAAUCGCCCGUCGUGCGCGUCUCGCCCAUCGACUCCGGCCGCGGCGGCUGGGAGGUCACCACCAAAACCGAAGACGGCGAGGAAGCUACCAUCUCGACUGAGACGCUGAUCAAUUCUGCUGGACUGGCGGCGAUUGAUAUUUCGAAUAUGAUAUUGCCGAAGGAGCGCCAUAGAAAGCCCUUCUACGCAAAAGGCACGUAUUAUAGUUACUCACUGAGUAAACCUAAACCCUCCACCCUCGUCUACCCCGCUCCCGUCCCCGGCCAUGGCGGCUUAGGCACACAUCUCACCCUCGAUAUGGGCGGCCGCAUCCGCUUUGGCCCCGACGUCGAGUGGACGGAUGAUCCCUCGGACUACACACCCAACCGAGCGAAUCUCGGCGCUGCGCUCGACGAUAUUCAAAGUUAUCUUCCGGGCGUUGAGAGGGAGGCUGUAGACCUGGACUAUGUGGGGAUUAGGCCGAAAUUGGGGAGAGCGAGCGCGACCAGUGGAGGAAAGGGGUUUGUGGAUUUCCACAUCGAGAAAGAGGAAGGAUUGGAAGGGUUUGUGAAUUUGUUGGGGAUUGAGAGUCCUGGGCUGACGAGUUGUUUGGCUAUUGCGGAGAAAGUGGAGGGGUUGUUGUAUAGGUAG